AUGGCCAAUCUAACCGAGACCGAGAUCGACAAGCUCUUCUCCGGAGCUCCGCAGUUCUUCGCACGGUCACAAGGCCACGGCUCGGGGGCACCCCAUCCCUCAGUAGCCUUCCCCUUGAAUGAGGAAUUGACCAUUCGAGACCUCACUGACCACGUCCAAAUUGAAGAUGAUGCGUGGGGUUGCGUAACGGCGGUACCCCGUCUCAUUCAGCGUGACCCAUUGUCGGCACCGUCGCCGACUACCAGGACCCGGCCCCACUUCAACUCACGAUGUCGGGAACGGCCGAGCAUGCUGAGCAUGCAAGGCCUGGAGAAGGGCACUAUAGGUUACCAGGCUGCCCUUGAGCUACCUGUUGCCGACGCACUGCAAGAGGAGCAGUAUGGUUUUCACAGCCUCGGGUCCAAGGCGCCUGUUAUCAUUGAGCAGCGACAGAGGCUCAUUACAUCUAAAGACGCUUUGCGCCACUUAGACGAUGCCAGUCUUAUGGAACAGCUGUUCAGGGUGGAAAGGAGAUAUCAUUCGGGUCAAUCCUCGUGGCGUAAUAAGUCUCAAGAGCUGUAUAACGACUUGUUCAGGAAGGUUUUAUAUCCGCCAACGAGAGUUAUUGACCCCAGAGAUCCUUGCAGUCUAGCUGUCCAGAUACACGCCCUCGUCAAGGUUCUUGCAGCCCCCAAUGCUUGGAUUGAUUUUUCUCGUGUGGAGUGGCGCAUACGCCUCGGUCAAAUCCUGUGGGGAUUUCCUCUCGAUGACGAAGUGUCUGACGGAUCUUCGAUUGAUGACAGAGCUGAUGCGCAAGACCGAAGUGAAGAACGGUACUGGUUGCUGCUCCAGAUUCUAUUGGCUUGUGAGCUUCUCACACGGCUUGAUGCCAUUACAGAAGGCGAGGAUUUUAUCACCCACAUUCUCAAACAGUCGGACGUUCACAAGUUCGAGAAGGAGGCCAAUGUUUCAGUACGAUGGUCACUUAUCCUCGCGCGAUCAUGGCUCGAAAACAUAACAAUUUCCAAAACUAGCAUGAACCUCUCAGAGCCAUCCACACCGAAAAGUUGGUUGACAGCUCUGACGAGCAGAAUGAAUCUCAAGCAUGAGCAUAUGCAUGGCGCUCAUUACACGGAUCAUAUUCAACAUCGCCAUGAUGCUAAUGCCGAACAUUUAUAUGCGAUCAAGGGUAGGUAUCCCGAGAGGCAGGUCUUAGGUCUAUUGCAUUUUGCCCGCAAACUCCGCUGGCCAGGUCUGGACGUGUCAGCAACGAAAGUGUCUGAGAACGCAGCAACCUUGAAUGAGGGAACCCCCAUCAAUACCCCUUUAUCCACGGGAGACACACGGCGUUCAUCUUAUUUUGGUGAUCGAGCUUCGACCACCCAAAGGGCCCAGCUGGUCAGAAGGCGGAAAGUCGAUGCGGCUUUACACGCGUCUGGCUGGUUAUCCAGGUCUUAUAUAUCUGGUCUCAUACUGCCUGGAGAAGUACUAUCUCACUUUCUCAUGUCUACGUUGCUUGAGAAUGAUAGCGAGGCUAUUGAAAGACUUGGCUCCACUGCCAAUUUAUGUGGAGGAUUUGUGUACGCCGGCAAAAGCUUCUGGAGUACUGCCUGUAUCGUUGGGCGUGUACUUGCAGCAGGCCAGGGCUCCGCCGAAUGUAUGGGCUGGAUAUCAAGCGACGUGCUUCCGCACAAGCUUGGUGAAGGCUGGCUAAGUAUCGCUGUUGAAGAUAUUCGAGAUGAUGUGACGAAAAUAGGGAAGAAGGCUCGCAUAUGGGGAAAAGCCUCUGUUGAAAGGGAAUCAAGCGUGCUGGGCGAUGCCGACCCCUCAGAUGUGCUUCCCGCGGAUUUCAUUAUUCCUCACGAAGCUACAUAUCCAAACCGACCGCCAUCUAAUAUUCGAAUUGACCUUAAAUGUUUGGAUUUCCGUACCCCAGAUAUCACACCUUCCACUGAGCGAUCGUCACUAUCCUCCGAAUCCAACUAUACCUCUAAAGAAGGGUCCUACACGGCCUCUUUGACAUUCUCCAUGUCUCACAACUCAACGGAUCAAGAUGUUGAUUUUCAUCUUUCCCUCACAAAUGAUGUAUAUUUCGUAACGGCGCACCCAUGUGCCGCUUCUAGCUAUGUGAAAUAUUUGAAAUCGCCCUCGAGCCCAACAAUUCAGCAGAUCGAUGUAGAUGGUCAUGACUUCAACGGCAAGCCUUCGAGCCCGGCGCAUACCACAGGCCAUCCGCUCCAUCGUUUCUAUACAUACACUGCUAUCCACCUCGUUGAUCUUCUCACUCGACCUAAGUCAACAACUCUGGAAGACCUCAUGAAAGGGCCCCCAUCGCACGGAAGAUCAAGCAGCGCAUCAUCCAGAGCUUCGUUUUCGAACAAACCCCAACGCGUGCUAGUUAUUGACUGCAUAACAGGCUUCGCGCCACCUCGCUCGCCAGACAUGCCGUCCCUCUCACGUAUGUCCUCGCUAUCAUCCACAUUUGCACUCGAGCCGACGAACACGCCUCCUAUCCAACUCUCUACCCCGCAGAUCGAACGCCGCCCUAGCACAGCACGUUCCGGUGCCAAUAAAUUUGAACGGGUUGACCCGCCACCUACAGCGCCACCUGAGACAACUAUGCAGCUUGGGACGCGCAGGCGACAUUUCGGCUCCGACCUAGAGGUCCUCGUGCGCGCCGUGUGCGCCGAGAGAGGGUGGAAUGCCAUCAUAAGUCGCCGUAGGCGGGCUUGUUUAGCGUGCGCAAUCCGCGAAGCAGGCGCACUAGGAUGGCGAGUUGUCAUCCGUGUAGACUGA